AUGGCGUCCUCAUCCUCCGACAAUACAGAAUCCUCCUACGUCAAGAUGGAUACAGCCGAUGCCACCUUGAUCGGAAAGCAUUGUCAGUACUCGUACUGCAAUCAACUCGACUUCCUCCCUUUCUUCUGCCAGUCCUGCAAGGGGACCUUCUGCCUUGACCACCGAACCGAGACGGCACAUACAUGCGCGAAUGCAGGCGAAUGGGCGCGGCGGCGGCGCGAGGCCGAGCUGGCGAAACCCAGCGCUGGUGAGGGAAAACGGAUGCGCGAUUUGGUCCAACAAAAACCAUGUGCUGCGCAAGACUGCAAGACAACCGUAGGCACUAGUCUUGUCCCUGGUGUGCACUGCGACCGCUGCAACAGGGACUACUGCCUCAAACACCGCCUGGGCGAAGAACACGAUUGCAAGAACCUGACGCCCAUCGGCGCGCGGCCGGCUCAAGUCGAUUUCGGACGUGAGGCGCGCUCCGCCUUGUCUAGACUCAAGGCUUGGGGCGCCUCGCGCAAGGAGGCUGCCUCCCGGGCACUGCCCAAACCCAAGCCAAGCACUGCCAGUCAGAGAAUAGUCGCCGUGAACCAACUCAAAAAGACUGCCAAGGGUGACGCCAAACUUGCUCCUGAGAAGAGAGUCUACCUGUUUGUUGAGGCCGAAGCCGAGACGACUACAGCCAAGUUUCCCAAGGGUCAGUUCUUCUUUAGCAAAGACUGGGUUGUGGGUCGUCUGCUCGACUCGGCAGCAAAGGGUCUUCAAGUUGAAAACGUAAACAAUUCAAGCGCCGACGAGAAGGAUAAGCUUCGGGUAUUCCAUAUCGAAGGAGGGCGAGUUCUAGAAUAUAACGAGAAGGUCGGUUCAGCCCUAACGAGCGGUAACACUGUUGUUCUGCUCAGAGGUGUUGGGCCGGCACAGGAGGACCUCAUCAAGAUGUAA